AGUCUGAUAUUAAAUAUGAUCUGUACAGUGAAACACCUGCUUAUCUAUAUAGUGAAAUCCCUGCUUCUCCUCUCAGUUAGUGUUCAUCUAACAUCAGCAGCCUCUCACUCUCUGAGGUACAUCUCCACUGCAAUCACGCCUGGAACUCCUUUCCCUCAGUACACUGUGGUGGGUCUGGUGGAUGGAGAACCCCUCAUGGUCUAUGACAGCAACGUCAGGAAGAUGACUCCAAAGACGGAGUGUUUGGAGAAGAGUGAGGGGGAAGAUUUCUGGAACAGUGAGAGUGAGAUUUUUAAAGAUGAACAAAGGUGGAGUUUAUCCAACAUGGACACAACAAUGAAACGACACAACAACACUCAAGUCUCUCCUGAGGUGUCUCUGUUCCAGAAGGACUCUUCUUCUCCAGUGGUGUGUCAUGCUACAGGUUUCUUCCCCAAAGCAGUGCUGAUCUCCUGGCAGAAGAAUGGAAAGGAUCUGCAUGAGGACGUGGAGCUCAGAGAGACGCUACCCAACCAGGAUGGAACCUUCCAGAAGAGGAGCGUUCUGACCGUCUCACCUGAGGAGCUGGACAGACACAACUACACCUGCAUCAUUCAGCACAGCAGCCUGGAGAAGAAGAUGAUACUAACAGUGUCCGAUCACAGAGUCCUGCCAAAUGGAGGGUUGGGUGGUGUCCUUGUUGGUGCAAUCAUUGCUAUUCUGCUCUUCAUCCUCAUCUGUGUUGGAGUUUUUAUCUGGAAGAAGAAGAAGCAGAGUCUGACGGAGACUCAUCAUCCAACAACUCCACAGUCUUCAGGCUGAUUUGACAGAGUGAGUCUUCUCUUUACCCUGUAAUGUGUAAACUGAACACAGAGCUGUUUCUAUUCUGCAUUUUCGCUGAACUCUGUCUGUGUAAACCUCCCAUAAUGUUAAAGCUCAGAUCAUGCCAUGGUUACAGAGCACAACAUCUAAAAGUCAGUCAUCAGACACGUCCCAAAGCUAAAGAUGCAGCCACGUUUCUCAGCUGUAACCUCACUGAAGUUUGUCCCUUCAAAUAUGGAUGAGAAAUGCAGCCUUCACUUGUUAGAAAUCAGAGGAUUCGGGUUGGUGUGUCUUCCAGUCCAUCAGUUCUCACAGUCCUUCUUAAAAAAACAGAGGAAAAUGGUGGAGCAACAUUCUGCAGCACCCUUCCCAGCGGCCAGGUCACCAGUUCAGACAGACAUACGCAAUCACACUCACACCCCAGGGGCAAUGUAGCAUGUCAAAUUGGCAUGACUGCAUGUCUUUGGACUGUAGGAGAACAUGCAAACUCCACACAGAGAGGACCCCGGUUACCCGGCCAGGGAAUCGAACCCAGGACCUCCCUGCCGUGAGACGUCAGCGCUACCCUCCACACCACCCUGCUGCCCCCAUCAAGAAACAUUGAGGUUUAAUUAAAUUACACGUAAUUGUGUUUUGUUUUUAUUUACAUAUGGUUCAUCACCCCAACUGGGUUACAUAUUGUAACCAAAUGGUUUUUAGGUAUAAAAUUAGACAUUAUUCAAUUAUGGCACAACUAUCUUGUUGACCCAUGUUGUUUGUGAUGGUGUUCUUAUGUGGUACAGCUGUUCCCUCUGAACCCCUGAAAAGAAUUCGUCUAUCACUGUAGAACCCGCAGAGCCCCACAGACAGAACAUGGCAUCUAUGGACUCCACACUUUCAGUACUCAUAGAUCAUAUCUUACAUUUCACUGUGAAAGACCAAAUGUUUCAUAGCCACAAAGAUCCUAAGGA